AUGGCGGUACCACUGCGGGUGGCGGCGAUGGCGGCGGUGCUGGCGGCGGCGCGGGCUCCGUUGCCCCCCGAGCUGCGGGGACCGGUGGGGGACGCGCGGCAGGAGGCGGCGGUGCGGGCGCUGGCGCGGCGCCUGCUGGGCUCCAGGGCCGCCGCCGUGGCGCUGUCGGUGGACUCGGCGUUGGCGGCGGGCGGGCCUGACGCGUACCGGCUGCGCUCCCCGCCCGGCGGCGCCGUGGCCGUGGCCGUGACGGGCUCCAGCGGCGUGGCGGCCGCCGCCGGCCUCUACCGGUACCUGCGGGACUUCUGCGGCUGCCAUCUCUCGUGGUCCGCGGCUCAGCUCCGCCUGCCCGACCCUUUGCCGCGGUUGCAGACCGAGAUCCGCGCCGCCACCCCCAACAGGUACCGCUACUACCAGAACGUCUGCGCCCAGAGCUACUCGUACGCCUGGUGGGACUGGGAGCGCUGGGAGCGCGAGAUCGACUGGAUGGCGCUGAGCGGCAUCAACGUGGCGCCCGCAUUCGCCGGGCAGGAGGCGCUGUGGCAGCGGGUUUACCGCACGCUGGGGCUGAACCAGAGUGAGAUCGACGCCCACUUCACGGGGCCGGCGUUCCUGGCGUGGAACCGUAUGGGGAACCUGCACGGCUGGGCCGGGCCGCUGCCGCGUGCGUGGCACCUCCAGCAGCUGUACCUGCAGUACAGAAUCGUGGAGCGGAUGCGUUCGCUGGGGAUGACCACGGUGCUGCCGGCCUUCGCAGGCCACGUGCCGCCGGGGGUUCUGCGGGUCUUCCCGCGCAUCAACGCCACGCGCCUCGGGAACUGGAGCCACUUUGACUGCACGCUGUCCUGUGCCUACCUGCUGUCCCCUGAGGAGCCCAUGUUCCAGGUGAUUGGGACACUCUUCCUGAAGGAGCUCAUCAAGGAAUUUGGCACUGAUCACAUGUACAGCGCAGACACCUUCAACGAGAUGAGCCCGCUGUCCUCUGACCCCGCAUACCUGGCGGGCAUCACCAACGCUGUCUUCAGGGCCAUGACGGGAGCGGAUCCCGAGGCGCAGUGGCUGAUGCAGGGGUGGCUCUUCCAGCACCAGCCGGCCUUCUGGCAGCCGCCGCAGGUGCAGGCGGUGCUGCGUGCUGUGCCCCUGGGCCGCAUGAUUGUCCUCGACCUCUUCGCUGAGUCCAAACCUGUCUACGAGUGGACCGAGUCCUUCUAUGGGCAGCCCUUCAUCUGGUGCAUGCUGCACAACUUUGGCGGGAACCAUGGCCUCUUCGGUGCCGUGGAUGCUAUCAAUCGCGGCCCUUUUGUGGCACGGCACUUCCCCAACUCCACCAUGGUGGGCACAGGGCUGGUGCCCGAGGGCAUCGAGCAGAACGACAUGGUGUACGAGCUGAUGAACGAGCUGGGCUGGCGCCAUGAGCCCCUUAACCUCCCUGUGUGGGUGUCCCGCUACGCCCAGCGCCGCUACGGGGCCCCCAAUGCCGCCGCCAGUGCUGCAUGGCAGCUGCUGCUGCGCAGCGUCUACAACUGCACCGGCACCUGCAUCAACCACAACCGCAGCCCGCUGGUGCGCCGCCCGUCCCUGCACAUGGACACACAGCUCUGGUACAACGCCAGCGACGUCUUUGAGGCAUGGAGGCUGCUGCUGAGCGCCGGCACCGCGCUGGGCUCCAGCCCGGCCUUCCGCUACGACCUGGCUGAUGUGACGCGGCAGGCGGUGCAGCAGCUGGUGGGCGAUUACUACCAGCGCAUCCGAGACUCCUUCCAGCGCCGCGCGCUGCCCGAGCUGCUGGCGGCCGGCGGGGUUCUGCUGUACGAUCUGCUGCCCGAGCUGGAUGCGCUGCUGGGCUCCCAGCGCCUCUUCCUGCUGGGCCGAAUGCUGCAAUCCGCCCGCGCCGUCGCCACCAGUGAGCGUGAGGCUGAGCAGUACGAGCACAACGCCCGCAACCAGGUGACGCUGUGGGGGCCCAGCGGGAACAUCCUGGACUACGCCAACAAGCAGCUGGCGGGGCUGGUGCUGGAUUAUUAUGGGGUGCGCUGGACCCUCUUUGUCUCUCUGCUGGUAGAGAGCCUGAACACGGGCAGCCCCUUCCACCAGGAGCAGUUCAACCAGGCUGUCUUCCAAGUGGAGAGGGGCUUCGUCUACAAUGAGAAGCGCUACCCUGCGAUGCCUGUCGGUGACACACUGGAGAUUGCCAGGAAGAUCUUCCUCAAGUACUAUCCCAGUGCCACACAGCAUGGCUGGGACGGGCCCCCCUGAUGUGGGGUUGUGCCACUCAAAGUCCCCCAGGAGGAGGGCAGAGCCCCCACACCUGAGUGCUGCACCCUUGUGACCAGCGCCAGAAUGAAGGAGCUGAGCACCAGCGGGA